UUUUUUUUCUUAUUUCGCAGGUCCAAUUUUUUUUAUUUUGUUCCCUUUUUAUCCCAUGGCCAGCAUGGCUGCUGCGCGUACAAUGCCUUUUCCCUGUGCGCCAGUGAGAGUGUGUGUAAUGGUAGUUGUUGUUGGAUUGUUGAUGAUGAUUGGUAGAGUGGAUGGUCUGUAUUCGGCAUCGGAUAAAGUGCAGCUGAUGGACAGCACGAAUUUUGAAAAGUGGGUGUUUGGAAGCAAGGCUGCGUGGGUGGUGGAGUUCUACAGCUCUUGGUGUGGGUUCUGCAAGGGGUUCGCCCCGACUUGGAAGAAACUAGGGGUAGAAAUCAAUGGUUGGAGAGGAGCACUUCGCCUUGGUGCUUUGGAUUGUGCAGAUGACGCCAAUGUGGACAUCUGUAGACGAUAUGUUCCAGUGGGGUAUCCAACGGUUCGCCUCUUCCCACCAGGUGUCACUUCAAAGGAUUUUGAAGGAGAACAAAUAGAAGCUGUGGUCAGGGAAACAGUGGAAAGUCUCAUCAGUCGCUUGACUGACUUUGCAGAAGAAGUUAAAGACAAAUACAAUAUGGACCAUUAUCCUCACUUGCGGCUGUUGAGAGAUGAAGACCUCCCACCAACACAACCAGGGGACCUUGCAAGGAUGAUAGUCAUUGAAGGCUCUGACAAGUUAAGUGAAGGAGACAUUGACACAAGACCAUUGCUUCUAGAAUCAGCCCUCUACAAGGGUGUGAAAGCUUUCAGAAUAAGUCCAAAUCAUCCAUUCAGAAAUCAACUGAAGAUACAGUCAGUGCCAGCAGUUAUUUUCCUGGACAAGAAUGGUAACAUUGCUGAGAAACAUGAGAACAAGAUCUUGCUCAAAGAGCAAGUUCACCUUGCUUUUGAGCAUCUUCUAGGAAAAGAAAAGGUGUUGGAAUCUUUUGAGUACAACUCAGGUGUGCCAAGAGCUGAUGAAUCCCAUAGCUUGAGACCAAAUACUGUGAAAAGAGCUGAGUACCCUCCCCUCAUCCCAGUGCAUAUGGAAGAUCUGGAAAGUGCAAUAGGUUAUGCCCUCAGGCAUGAAGUUGUCCUCAAGAGGGAAGUCAAUGGUCAACCAAGACAAGCACUGAUUAAAUUUCUUCAAAUGCUUCUUGUUUACUUCCCUGGUGAAGACCUUGUUCUCAAAGGGCUUCAAGAAGUUGAAAAGUACGUCAAUGAGCACAUAAGUUUCACUGGUGAUGAAUUCAAGCAGUUUUUGGAUCCUUUGGAUGGUAUGGAUGGUAGAGGUUUGAUUCCAAAAUCCAAGAACUACAUCACUUGCAAAGGGAGCAGUGACAAAUUCAGAGGCUUUCCAUGCGGCCUAUGGACACUGUUCCACGUUCUUUCAAUGGAAGCUUUCAGACAGAAUGACCAAGCAAGGUUCAAAGAAGUGCCUCAAGGCAUUUUUGGCUUCAUCAAGAACUUUUUCAGCUGCAGAUACUGUGCAAGACAUUUUGUGGAAAUGGCUACUGAUACUUGGGAGGAGUUCAAGGAUCUAGCUGAAAUGGUUUUGUGGCUUUGGAGGAACCACAACAAGGUGAACAAAAGAUUGGCAAGGGAUGCAUCAGAAGACCCUCAACACCCCAAGGUUCAGUUCCCAGCACCUCAACACUGCCCAAAUUGCUACGACAAGUCCAACUCUGAAUGGAUCCUAGAACAAGUUUUGGAAUUCCUACAAAACCGAUACGACACCAGCGCCAUCAUCCGGCAGAAACAGGCACAAAUUCCUGCCCCAAAACAAUCCCACAUUAAAGAAACUGCCAAACGUGCGGAGUCCAAAUUGCAUCCAGCCUGGCCAAAAGAAGAUAUUAUUGACACAGACGACACGAAACCUCGACAGGGCAAGGGAUCCUCUUCCUCUGCGGAUUACACUGUCACCACGAUGAUGCACGUGGGAUCCGUGGGGAUCCUGAUCCUCUUGUACUGCUUCAUCACCAACAAAAGGAGGACGAAACGGAGGCUCAGCACUUUGUUGCCGCUGUUUACAAAACGGGUUCCUGACUGAGAUUUUUUCCAUUCCUUUUUUUCUCAUCCUCGUCAUCUUCAAAAAAUCACUUUUGUCUUUUAAUUUCUUGAACAUUUUUUUGAAAUUAAUUUCCGUGGCGGCUUUCUGUUGUUGAUUUAUGAUGAGAGUACGAAGGGGCUUUCCAAAAUUUUUGAUGCGCACCAGAGUCUUUUUUGAAAAGGUUGUUAUUGAAACAUCAGUUGUGAUAAACUGUUUGCUGUGGUUGAUGCUUUUUUUGUUGUUGUUUUUUUGCACCAACGAAUUUUUUGUUUUCAUGGAAAUCUGAAAGCUUUCAUGCGUGAGUCUUGGCUUUUUUAUAAAUGCGAAGUGGAAA